AUGACGGCGCAGCUGGUCAAGUAUUUGCUCUUCAUGCGCGGUCAGAUCCCGUGUCUUUACGACGAGCUGCUGCGGGUUGUGGAGAGCUACCAACUUCAGCAGCGGCAGGGGCAAGUGGGGGGAAACAGGAGAAGGAGGUUGCUCAUGGGCAUCAAGAAGGCGGUCAAGUGCGCGGGGGCGGCCGAGCCCUUGUUCUAUGAGCAGUUGGACGCAAUCUUCUCGCUGAAAGUGCAGCGAGUUGCGCUGGUGUUUGGCGCCUCGAUGAUGAGUUCGCGGGAGGCUGUUGUCGUGGAUUUUGACGAGGUUGACGCAGAGGUAAACGACCAGGACUUCUUGUCGCAGUCGAGCACAGCUUCGCCGCAGACUGAUGCAGAAGAUGCUUCGAUGGAGGACUCCUCGCAGACGUUGAUCCCGCUGUCGCCGCCAAUGGGAAGGGAGAAGUUGAUGCGCUUGUGCGCGCAGAAACUCAUACAUGCACUACACACACACUCCAUGGGGGCUUUUUCGAGCGCCCUCCCUACGACCAAGUUACACAUCGCUGUGUUGGCAGAGCGGCAGUCCACUCGCAUACCAGGAUUCCUCCCAAAGCAGCAUUUCAAGCUUCGACUUCCAAAGGAUAAGGGUGGGGUGCGCACACACUACGUGACUAUCAGCAGUGGGGGUGUUGGCAGCAACAAAUCGUCGCAGCAAGAUACUCGGCCGACCAAAAGCGAUGCCUUCUGCACAAUGGAGAACGAAUCGUCAGAGGCGAAUGGUGGCGCACCUUUAGAGUUACUAUCCUCAGCACAACAGGCGGCAGUCGACACCACCGACGCUUGUAUGGUGUGGUAUGUGCUGGAAAAGCCCAUUCCAGGCUUUUCGGGGACUAUUGACAUACUCGAAGGGCAAUGA